AUGAAGCAGAGAAAAUAAGUAGGCUCAGGUUCGAGUGAUCACUUCGAGAGAUUUCUGUAACCGCGUUGAGAUCGCCUGAGAGAAAUCAGAUACUCCGGGCCGGGAUAAAGAGUCAAGUCACUAUUAAUAUUUUUUAUGCAGGUUUAUGAAUUCUUUUUUGAGCUUCCAACUAUGAAAGACUUACAAGAUGGUGAUACUUGUCUAUUUCUCCUAGUGUUAUUUGUCUUGUGAAACUGAUACAUUAUGGCAGAGUUAAACCAAAGUUAAUUUAGAUGUUGAAGCUACAAGCUCGUUCUGUAUAGUUCUUUGCUUCUAAAGAUAAAUUGUGAUUUCAACAUACAUUGAAUGUGAUACUUAAGUUAUUUUCAUGGUUUGUGAGAUGGGGGCUGAUUGUCCUGAAGACAUGGACAUAGAAGUCCUUUCUUCAAUGUGGCCUGGUGAUCUUGGUCAUGAAGUUGGUAAUCAGUUCAAUGUGGAAAAGCCUGGGAUUGAUCAAGAUAUGUUAAAGGAGGUUACAAUUAAUGAGGAGCCUUCUAUUGUUGACUUCAAGCGCCUCCUAGAAUUAACCAAUUAUAGUGAAAGGGGGUCUUCUCAGAUGAUGUAUCUUGUAAAGCAGUGGGAGUAUAAGCAGGCUAAUGCUGUUCGUCUUCUCAAUGAAGAGCUUCACAUCCUUAACAAACAAAGGCAAGAGGCAGAACUCAAGAAAUUGGAGAUUCUUGAGGCACAUCAAUUUGAGGAAGAAAAGAAUGUUGGUGACAAGCGGUCAAUUUCCAUAUUGGAUGAAGUCUAUGAUUUAUGGGAAGCUGUACCCAGGAAAAGAAAUGAUGUUAUUGUUCAAAAUAAGAGACUUGAAAUUGAUGCUGAGUAUGACACAAUCAAGUACUGGAAGCAAAGGGCCAUGAAAUUGGACAAAAUGCUGGAGGCAAGCAUCCGAAGAGAGCAAGUGCUUAUGGAGAAACUGCAGGAAAACAUUAAAAAUCUGGAAAGGAUGUCUUCACCGGUAGAAGAAUUGUCUCAGAUGUUGAAAAGAGCAGACAAUUUCUUACAUUUUAUUCUCCAAAAUGCACCAGUUGUCAUUGGGCAUCAAGACAAAGACAUGAGGUACCGGUUCAUUUACAAUCAUUUCCCUAGUUUGCAAGAGAAGGACAUUAUAGGGAGAACAGAUCUGGAGAUAUUUUCUGGUGCUGGUGUUAAGGAAUCCCAGGACUUCAAGAGAGAAGUCAUGGAACGUGGAAUACCUGGAAAGAGGGAAAUUACGUUUGAGACAGAGUUAUUUGGAUCAAAGACAUUUUUGAUAUAUGUGGAACCUGUUUUUAGUAAGAUGGGAGAUAAAAUUGGUGUGAAUUAUGUGGGAAUGGAUGUAACUGACCAGGUGAAAAAAAGAGAAAAAAUGGCAAAGCUUCGAGAAGAAAUGGCUGUUCAGAAGGCCAAGGAAACAGAACUGAACAAAACGAUUCAUAUAACAGAGGAAACCAUGCGAGCAAAACAGAUGCUAGCAACCAUGUCUCACGAGAUUAGAUCUCCCCUUUCUGGUGUUGUUAGCAUGGCUGAGAUUCUAGCCACAACAAAAUUAGAUCGUGAGCAACGACAACUAUUGAAUGUCAUGUUGUCCUCUGGAGAUUUGGUUUUGCAACUUAUCAAUGACAUUCUUGACCUUUCCAAGGUUGAGUCAGGAGUUAUGAAGUUGGAAGCAACAAAGUUUCGACCAAGAGAGGUAGUAAAGCAUGUACUCCAGACUGCUGCAGUAUCAUUGCAAAAGAUGCUAAUUUUGGAAGGGCAUGUAGACGACGAUGUUCCUGUCGAGGUUAUUGGUGAUGUUUUGAGGAUUCGACAAAUUCUUACAAAUUUGAUCAGCAAUGCAAUCAAGUUUACUCAUGAAGGGAAGGUUGGUAUAAACCUUUAUGUGGUAUCAGAGCUAGAUCCUGGCAGCAGAAAAGGAUGCCAUCAAAAGUUCAUCCCAGAUCAGCCUUCAGUUUCAGGAAAUAUGCUGAAAGAAGAUAACACAUCUUCAUCUCUAAGUAGCUAUAACCAGAAAAGAGAACAUUGUCAAAAAGGGUGGAAAGGUCUUGAACAAAAUGGUACCCCUGAUUCAGGACCUGGGACAUUAGGUAGAAAGGAAACUUCAAUUGAUGGAGAUAUGGAGAAUCUUUCUCACCCAUGUGAGAAAACAGUUUGGAUACAAUGUGAUGUAUAUGACACAGGGAUUGGAAUUCCGGAAAAUGCAUUGCCUACUCUAUUCAAAAAGUACAUGCAAGUCAGUGCAGAUCAUGCUCGAAAGUAUGGUGGAACAGGAUUGGGCCUUGCAAUCUGCAAGCAGCUGGUUGAGUUGAUGGGAGGUCAUCUUAAUGUGACCAGCCAUGUGAACUCUGGUUCUACAUUUACAUUUGUUCUACCUUAUAAAAUUUCACCCAAAGAGGAGCAUUCUGAUGAUCCUGAUGAACUCUCGUACAUGGAUGARCAUGAAGGUGUAUUUGAUGCCAAUAUUGAUGAUACAGAUUCUGGCAUCUUUUAUUUUCAACCAGGCACCCUAGGUUCUCUCUUCUCACCUGCUGGAUCUACAAGGACUCAAAAAGCACCAACAAACAAUAUUGGAUAUGGUUUUCCCAAUAAGCCCAAUGGCUUGCCAGAGGAAUCCUACUCAUUCCCUUCUAAUAACUGCACAUCAAGAGAGACAGCUUCACUUGAGGAUGCUUGUUCAGUGGCUGAUGGUGCAGAGACAUCAUCUGAACCUGAAAGUUCAUCAAAGCAGAAUCUAGACUCUGAUAAUGAAAAUUCCACUGGUAGAGGCAAGCAAUGCCAAGUUCAUUCAAAUGGACAAAUUAAGGGUUCUAGAAUGGAUACCUUUCACUUGGAAAGAACAUGCACUGAAGUUGGUGAAGUGGCAAAGGCAAACAAGCCUGCAAAUACAUUUGAGAGGCUGGAGCAUGAAAAAUCAAAGAUAAGCCUCCACAGCAUGUCUAGUGGCAAAACAGAACUUCCCAAUUCAACAUUUAAGUCCAAAAUUCUACUCGUAGAAGAUAACAAGAUUAAUGUAAUGGUGACACAGUCAAUGAUGAAACAGUUGGGCCACAACAUAGAUGUUGUGAAUAAUGGAGUUGAAGCUGUGCGUGCUGUUCAAUGCCAUAAAUAUGAUCUAAUUCUAAUGGAUGUCUGCAUGCCAGUAAUGGAUGGCCUCCAAGCUACAAGGUUGAUUCGAUCUUUUGAAGAGACUGGAAAUUGGGAUGCUGCUUUAGAUGCUGGAAUUGAGCUUCCUUCUUCAUAUUCAUCAUCAAAUGGUCUAGAUGCACCGUCAUCCACAAGGCGGGUACCCAUCAUUGCGAUGACAGCAAACGCAUUGGCUGAGAGUGCAGAUGAAUGCCUUGCAAAUGGUAUGGACUCAUUCGUAUCCAAGCCGGUCACCUUUCAGAAGUUGAAACAAUGUCUUCAACAAUAUUUGUUGAGUUAAAUCAUGUAAAUUGAUACCUCUGUAAAAUAUAAAUGUAAUUUAGGAAAGUUUUGUAAUCAAUAUAUGAUGCCUUCAUUUUAUUC